AUGGAUACCCAGGCGAGGCCUUCACGGUCCAAAUACCGACCGACAAAGCAGCUCUCGUUCGAGCUCCGCGAGCACUGCGGCGUUUACUUCGAGGAACAACUAUAUUGCCAUGGUCUUAACCUCCUCCUGAGCCUCGUCUCCUCGGGCAGCGCAACGCCCGACGCGCCAGUUCCUUCACCACCGCCUGAAUUCCUCGCCGUCGCCGCGACGAUCGUCGUGCACCCGUCCACGACGACCCGAGCGAAAUCUGCCGAUAACAAGCAGGCCGCGAACAUCGCCCUGCAGCUGCUCCGGUUGACGAAUUCGCUGGUCGGCCCCCUGGCGGCGAAUUUCGACGCCGCGUUUACUUUUACCCAUUUCACCAAAUCCCGGUCCGGAGCAAGGCGGGCCGUGGCGGACGAUGGAGCGGAGAAGCCCAUGGAGAAGGAGGCGUUGAAUUUUGAGCUGGCGCAUCGCGGCGCUCUGUGGUCGCGCGCGGAGGACUUUUGGCAUGUUGUUGGCUGGGCGUUCAAUUGUGCCGUUUUGCAUCCGAGUCGGUGGCCGAGGUGGAGAUUGCUGUUGGAGUUUUUGUGUGAGGCCCUCGAGGCGGAUUGGAGGGAAAGAAUGAGGCUGGUCGUGGAGUUGGAGAGAGAUCCUGAGGGGGAAACAGCUGUCCGUGCGGAGUGCGAGAGGAUUCUGUGCGGCAGUUUGAUUUACCAGUAUUACAAAGCGACGUCGGGAGUGUCGAGUCCGGAUAGAAGGAUGAUGAGGGCUAUAUUUGCCGAUGGAACUCCUGGCUCGACGAGUGAGUUUCGAGAAGUUUUCCAUAAAGAGUUGCUGGAGCGCAAGGAGGAGACCGCUAAGCCGAGGAAACGGGAGGUCAACGUCAAUAUUGAUGAGGAGAUCUACGGGGACUACCUGGAGUGGGACGUCGACGACGACGAGAGUGAUUCAGUCCGCAACGAACUCAGGGAGACGUUGCCUACGCGCCCAAAGAGACAGAGGACAACAAAAGCCCGCCAUGCGGGUAAUGACGACGUCGACAAGAACUACGAUUUAUUAAACAGAGCCUGUUCCGAAAACCUGACCAUGCUCGGCGACCUGGACUCACUCGCUCUUCGCCAGCGCUUUCUGGCGAUCAUAUCCCGCGUCUCAGCCUCCAUCCCAGAUCAUUUCAUGAGUGUUGAUAGAUUAUACCUCCUUUACGUUGACUUCAUCCGCCACCUGCCCCUGCCCAUAUUCCAAGUUUUCGUCUCGCCUUCUGUCCUAUGUCAAUUCUCCGUCGAUGCCCAAACCACCCUAUGCGAGAUGCUCCUCGAGCGCCUCUGCGAAAGUAGGAAGCCUACCUGCCGAGAGCCAUACCUCACCCAGGACAAGUUGGAGUUAGAUUUUCUUCCCUACGCCGCGAGCACCUCCGAUACUAUCGACAACGCCAGGAUGUCGAUCUUGCUCGAGUCCGUGCUUCGUCUGCUAGCGGCGAGCGGAUUGCUACAGGGCGGGCCGUCAUUGAAGGAGGCGGUUGAGAUGGGAAUUGAGGCAAGGGCGGAGAAAGCGCUGAAGGAUACGAAGAUAGGGCAGAGUAAGAUGAAGGCAGAGGAGUUUGGAUGGACGUGGUUGAUUGAGAGUGGAGAGCGAUUGACGUGCCUGGUUGAGCGGGUUGCACCGCCUGAACCACCAGUGGAGUGA